CCUAAACCCCCUCCCUCCCUCCCUCUCUCUCCUUGCCACCCCCUACAAGCUCCAAUCUUACAAUCAAAAGGCAAAGGCUCCUUUCUUGGUCUAAAGGGACUAGUCUAGUACUAGUGACCGAGGGUAGAGAGAAGACUAUUAGUUCUCAAGCCCGAAAGAGGAUAGAACCAAAGGAAAGUUUGAAGCUUUCCUGCAGUGAAUAUGACCAAGGCCAUCCCAAGCCAAGUGGAAGAAGAGCUCUCCUAUCUCAUGAACUUUGGUGCGUGCUCCCAAAGGACAGAAGGGGAGACAAGAACGCGUCGAAGGAGGAGGAAGCCGAAGCUGGAUGGUGCAGGAGAAGAGGCGAAGAAGAGGAGGCUAACUGAUGCGCAGGUUAAGUUCUUGGAGAUGAGCUUCGGAAAGGAGAGAAAAUUGGAGUCAGGGAGGAAGGUGCACCUCGCCAGUGAGCUCGGCCUCGACCCGAAGCAGGUCGCCGUUUGGUUUCAGAAUCGAAGGGCAAGGCACAAGAGCAAGCAGAUCGAGCAGGAGUACCUCAAGCUCAAGUCGGCCCACGAUGCCAUCAUCGUCGAGAAAUGCCACCUCGAGAACGAGGUUCUGAAACUGAAGAAGAAGCUUUCGGAGGCUGAGGAGUCUGUAAGGAAGCUCUCCGGAGCAGCGAAUGGAGCUUCUGGCGGUGGUGGAGGCGGCAGCGGCGGCGGCGGAGGCAGCAGCGGCGGCGAGAGUGGUGGCAGCCCCACGUCGUCCUUCUCGACGGUCACUUACCAUCCUCUGGUUGGAGAAUUUGGAGUGGAUGGAGAAGUUGACCUCAUGUACAUACCAGAGUAUAACUUUAAUAACUACAUGGACUGGGGUAAUCUGUAUGGAAUAUUGUAAAAUACCAUUAUUAGUGCUGUCAUGAUUUAUGUGAUUUAUCCAUGUAAAUGAUGUCACCUUACCUAGUUAUAGUAUUUUCCCUAAUAUAAUCCAUCUCGAGUCAUGGAGCUUGUAAUUAGUGGAAGUAAGUUUCUAGUUUAAUGUAAUUGUUUGCUCCUAAUGUAACUUUAGUUGUAGUAUUUAGAAAAUGAUUUAAAAGAAAAAAAGUAUUGUAUAUA